UUGUUAGCAUUUAAUGAACCUCACCCUAUGUGGCUUCAAGCUACUAGAAGGCAGGUGCCCCCCACACCCUUUAUCUUCUCCUCAGCUCUUUUACUGAAGAAUUUGGCCUUCACGAUGACAGGCUGUUUGGGGAGCUUUCCCUUUCCCAAAACUUUGUAGUAGCCUGAUCGCACCACAUCGAUAAUAGGAGCAGCUCCAGUCUUGUUUUUGGCAGCAUUUACCCGUGUCUGCUCACUGACUAAGGUCCACAGUUUAUCAAGGUUGACAGUUGGGCAGAAGCUCUGGUUCCUCUUUAAGUGGUAAUGUCUCAUACCGACUUUUCCAAAGUAACCUGGGUGAUAUUUGUCGAAGUUGAUCCUGUGAUGAUGCAUGCCACCAGCAUUACCCUGGCCUCCUGGGUGCUUCUAGUGUUUGCCGAUGCGGCUGUGGCCAUGGCUCACGUGGCCCCGAAGUUUCCGGGUCUUCCUCAGUCUGGAUGGCAUGUUGGCGGCCCAGAGGAAAAAGAGCCACCAGAUAUUACAGAAGAAGGAUUUGGCUUCCGGAUAUAUCUGUAUGUCUCCAGUCCAGAACUCUGUAUUCGUUGGGUUAUCGGGCACCUUCAUCAUCUGGAUGCCCCUGCAUCACCUCCACAAUCACAUUCCACCCUCUGUUUUUUUCAAGAGUGUGAUCAGGAAGAUUCUUUGGCAACAGAUGAUUUCCUUGUGGACUACUUUAAUGAAUUCCUAAGCCUUCCAACCUUUUCAGAGGCAGUUAGAUUUAAUGUGGAUUAUGGAGUUUUUGAAAUAGUUAACAAUGCUCCACAACUUCUAGAAAAGCAACUGAAAAAAAUUCUUCGAAACCAGCAACCUCGAAAUCCCAUCUAUGAUGUUGUAAGGAAAGGAAAGAAUGAUAUUAAACCUGUUCAGAUGAAUGCCCCCUAUGAAGAUGAGGCCAUUAACGUCAACUACAAUAUUAUGUGUCUCAGUCGUGAAGAAGGUAUUGAGUGGAUCAAAAAAGAAAGACUUCCAGCAUUUCUGGAAAGUGAUUGUUACUUUGAAUACAGAUUAGCCAAAUUGGUCUCACAAGUAAGAUGGAGUGGAUCCGGCAUGAACAUCACAGUCAAUACAGAAUUUUCUCCCUGGGUCCUGAGAAAACCACCCAGUCCACCACCACCUGUUGUUGAAGAAGACAAUGUUAUAAUUAUGAAAAAGUUCUACAUUUCUCUUGGCGAGGGCUCCUAUACUCAAACAAAAGAUUGGUUUGCAUUAGCAAAACAGAGUUUGCAAACAGUACCAACAUUUUCAUUACCAUCUUGUGUACUCCACAGCAAACCUGAACCACCGGUUGUUUCAUCCAUUUCUGAAAGCUUUAUCUUUGAUGAUAGAAUUCACCCAAGGACAAAAAGGGACUCAUCUGAAACCAUUAGAUUAACUUCUCAUUUUGAAGAAGAAGAAGAUGGGUCUGUAUCUGUACAAGACACUCCUUCUCAAGCCCUUCUAAGAAUAUACCUUGAGAGGCAACAGGAUGCUGAUGAAAGCCUUCCAUUGCAUUUCACAACAUGUGAAGAAUUUUUAAGAUCUUAUAUAGAUUUUAUUUUGAGAGUAGCAAUUCAUCAAAUUUUUGAAGAGCCACUUACAGAAAGUCCAGAUUAUAUAAAUUUCAACAAAGUAGCAGAAGUGGUGCUCGAGGAGGGUUUUGAGCCUCUCCAUGGCAGGAAUGUUUUAAGUGAAACAUUUCAAACCACAAAUGAAAAGUCAAAAGAGAUGUUAGAACGAGCAAAUUCAAAGAGUGAGAGCAUUGGACCAGAAAGCAGGGCUUAUUGGUGUAUGUCUCACAAAGCUUAUGAUAUUGGCAAUAGAAAGGAGUUUGAAAGAUUUAAGAAAUUUAUAAAAGGUACUUUAGGAGAGAGAUAUUGGUCAUUAUGGAUGGAUAUUGAGAGGUUAAAAGUUCUUAAGGACCGCGGAAGACAUCAAAGACAUCUUGAGAAGAUGAAAAAAUUCUAUCUAGUGAGCAAUGGAGAUUGCUAUCUUUCUACAGAAAUAUUAUCAAAAUUUAAACUGCUAGAUGCAUCUCAGUGGAAUGAAGAACACUUAAGAAAUAUUCAGACAGAGGUUGUAAAACCAUUACUUCUAUAUUGGGCACCAAGAUUCUGUGUUACUCAUUCAUCCUCAGCUAAACAUGCUAGCGCUGAACUGAAAUUCUGGCAUCUCCGUCAAGAGAAACCAAGGAAGGACGUUGACCCUUUUCCACAAAUGGCAACCCUCUUGCCAUUAAGACCUAAAUCUUGCAUUCCACAGAUAUCUGAUAUGCAGAAAGAAGAAUCCAACUUAUUACAAUGUCCUAAAUCUCCCAAGAAACCACCUAGAGUAAAAACAGCAGGUCAAAAACCUUGGAAGAGCAAGUCUUUGUAUCUAAUUUCUUCGAAGGAUGAUGCAAUUGAGAAAGGGUUGAGGCACAGGUCAGAAAGCAACAAAGUUAUUCGCUUAACAUCUUUUACUGACAUUUCUGAAUGUCUGAAGCCCCAGCUGGAUAGAAGAUACACUUACACAGAAGAACCUUCGGUUAAAACCAUGACAGAUGGUGCCUUGGGAGGAUUUGACAUGGAAAAUUUGUUGCAAUCUUUGUAUGUAGAAAAUAGAGCUGGAUUCUUCUUUACUAAAUUCUGUGAGCAUUCAGGAAACAAGUUGUGGAAGAACAGUGUGUACUUUUGGUUUGACCUACAGGCUUAUCAUCAGCUUUUCUACCAAGAAACACUUCACCCUUUUAAAGUAUGCAAACAAGCCCAAUAUCUUUUUGCCACAUACAUUGCUCCUUCGGCUACUCUUGACAUCGGACUCCAACAGGAAAAGAAAAAAGAAAUUUAUAUGAAAAUACAGCCACCAUUUGAAGACCUUUUUGACACAGCAGAAGAAUAUAUCCUUCUCCUCCUCCUUGAGCCGUGGACAAAGAUGGUAAAAUUAGACCAAGUUGCUUUUGGAAAGGUGGAGCUGGUGGAAGACACUCGACAGCUAGACUCCACAUACUUCAGAAAGCUACAGGCUUUGCAUAAAGAGACCUUUUCCAAGAAAGCUGAGGACACUACUUGUGAAAUUGGAACCGGUAUUUCACGGCUUCCUGAGGUCUCUAAAAAAACAGAAUACUGGAGUAAUGUUCCUGAAGAAUAUAGGCACUUUAAUUUUAAUGACCUGCUUAACAACAAACUGGAGUUUGAACAUUUCCGUCAGUUUCUUGAGGCUCAUUCUUCAAGUUUGGACCUUAUGUGCUGGACAGACAUUGAACAGUUCCGAAGAAUCAUUUAUGGAGACCGAAAGCAGAGGGAAGCAAAAUCUAUAUAUAUUAAAAACAAAUACCUUAAUAAAAAAUAUUUCUUUGGCCCCCAAAGUCCAGCUUCUCAAUAUCAGCAGGACCAGAUAAUGAAUUUAAGUGGUGGCUGGGGACAGAUGCUCCAUGAGCAGCUUGAUGCACCUGUUCUAAUUGAAGUUCAGAAGCAUGUUCUCAAUAAGCUAGAAAAUGUGUGGUUGCCAUUGUUUCUUGCAAGCGAACAGUUUGUAGCACGUCAAAAGAUAAAGAUACAGAUGAGAGACAUAGCUGAAGAGCUCUUAUUACAGAAGCAUGAGAGGAAAAUCGGGGUUUGGAAGCCUGUGGAGAGUAAAUGGAUAUCUUCAUCUUGUGAAAUCAUUGCUUUUCGUAAAGCAUUAUUGAAUCCAGUUACCGUAAGACAAUUUCAACGGUUUGUGGCUCUAAAAGGAGAUUUAUUGGAAAAUGAUGUACUCUUUUGGCAAGAAGUACAAAAAUAUAAGGACUUGUGCCAUUCUCAUUGUGAAGAGUCCAUCAUCCAUAAGAAGAUCAUGACUAUCAUCAACUGCUUUAUUAAUUCUAGUAUUCCACCAGCUUUACAAAUUGACAUUCCAGUAGAGCAAGCCCAAAAAAUUAUUGAACACAGGAAGGAGUUAGGACCAUAUGUGUUUAGAGAGGCACAGAUGACAAUUUUUGGGGUUCUGUUUAAAUUUUGGCCUCAGUUUUGUGAGUUUAGGAAGAACUUAACUGAUGAAAAAAUUAUGAGUGUUUUAGAGAGAAGACAAGAAUAUAAUAAGCAGAAAAAAAAAUUGGCAGUCAUAGAAGACGAAAAUUUUGCAAAGGAUGGAAUCAAACAAUAUCCAAGUUCUUCAGGAUCUGCAAUCAAAACAGCUGCUUUAGCCACUGACCCAGUUUUAGGCCUACAAGCAUAUGGCCGGCAGCCAACCUGGUGCUACUCCAAGUACAUAGAAGCCUUAGAGCAAGAAAGGAUUCUUCUUAAAAUUCAAGAGGAGCUGGAAAAAAAGUUAUUUACAGCCACACCAUCUUUUACAAACUUCAAGUCUACUGCUUCCACUAUGUCUUUGAAAAAGACCGUAUCUUCCCACAACAUCCAGAGCUGGAUCACAGUUGUGGUGCUAGCUGAUAAUAUCCCACCACAAAGAUGGGACACCUCCUAAGGAAUUAUGUAGCCUGGGUCUCUGGAUGACCUCAGGAAGGAGAGAUGUCUCACUCUGAACUGUUACAAGAGAGAAAAAUCCCUGUCUUGUUUGAGUCACUUAAUUUUUUGUGCCUUUUUAAAAUAGCAGCUUAUUCUCGAUGUUAAAUAAUAUAA